GUUUGCUCGUGAAAGGACGUGCCCGUGCCAACCAAUGAGAGGAGAGAAUGAGUGCGGUAGUAUGACGUGUAGAUGCAAAUCCCCUCGAUUUCAACCUAUUGCCUGACUCAACCAGCAAGUCUCUCUUCAGUCUUCAUUUCUUGCCACGGAACGAACCUGUUUAUUCUGCUGUCUGAAUAAAACGGACGCGUGUUAUUGUUUUGCUGGGGAUUAAAGAUACAUUGCUUGAAAGCAAAUCGUAUAUUUUUCUUCCUCAACGCAAGACUGCGUAAUUAUAAAUUUACUUUAAUCUAAUUAAUUCAUAACUGUUCGCUAUUUAGUAUUCAUUUUAAGACCAAAUGAAGACUAAAUUUAUCAACGGGGUGUCAUCCUCCCCUUCUAUGGCCUUGGGUUUGUUGGUCACUGAAAACGCACUUGAGGUCCAGCCAGACACUGAGGAUGAAUGCAAGGAAAUCAUCCGGCCGGAUGAGCCCGACCAGGACACGAAGCGCAAGGCGUAUUUAUGGUGCAAAGAUUUUCUCCACGGUGCGUGGAAAACGGUGGCAGAAGAGGAUUUUCAAAUCAGCAUAAUAAGGGGUGGCCUCAGCAACAAGCUCUUCCUCUGCGCCCUACCCGACAUCCAAACCAGUGUAGGUGAUGAACCCCGCAACGUCCUCUUGCGCCUGUAUGGAGCUAUUCUACAGAUGUCCUGUAAUAAGGGGGAGCCCAGACAGUCAAACAAAGAAAAUCUCUUUCAAGGUGCUGAGGCCAUGGUGCUGGAGAGUGUGAUGUUUGCCAUUCUGGCUGAGCGGGAGCUUGGGCCCAAACUCUUUGGCAUCUUCCCUCAGGGCAGACUGGAGCAGUUUGUCCCAAGUCGUAAACUGGACACGGAUGAGCUGAGCAUGCCUAGCAUAUCUGCUGAAAUAGCUGAGAAGAUGGCCAAGUUCCAUGGUAUGAGGAUGCCUUUCAACAAGGAGCCCAAAUGGCUGUUUGGAACUAUUGACAAGUACCUGAACCAGGUGAUGAGACUCACCUUCACCAGGGAGUCCCACUUGCUCAAGUUUGCCCGUCUGAUGAGCUGUAACCUGCCCCAGGAGAUGGAGAAUCUCAAGUCUUUGCUGGACUCCAGUCAUUCCCCUGUGGUUUUCUGCCACAAUGACUGUCAAGAAGGAAAUAUCCUUCUCCUCAGUGGUUGUGAAGGCACUGACAGACAGAAGCUCAUGCUGAUUGACUUUGAAUACAGCAGCUACAACUACAGGGGAUUUGACAUAGGAAACCACUUCUGUGAAUGGAUGUAUGACUAUACAAAUGACAAGUUCCCAUUUUUCCAUGUCAACUCAAAUAAUUAUCCCACUAAAGCCCAACAGCUACAUUUCAUUGGAAGCUACCUGUCAGAGACUGAGCAGGGAUUUGUGAAUCAGAGCGCUGAAGACCAGAUGAAACUCAAAGAGGAGCUGUUUGUGGAAGCCAACAGGUUUGCUCUGGCUUCGCACUUCUUCUGGGGUCUGUGGUCGAUGAUCCAGGCGAGAAUCUCCACCAUUGAGUUUGGGUACAUGGAGUAUGCCAUGGCCAGGUUUGAUGCAUACUUUGAGCAGAAACGGAGCUUGGGGGUCUAAGCGAGGGACCACAUACUGUAACAAGGAGGUGGAGGAUGAAUGGAUUAACAGCGCUUAAUUGAAAAUAAUGCAGACAGGCAAUCAGGGUAUAGGACCAUGCUUUAAUGGCGAACCUGUGCUUUGGGAAUGAAACGCUCGCUAUAGUUGGUAUCGCAUGGACCAAAGUGAAACCAUGAAUAUCUGGUUUGGUGCCCCAUGCAUCGCUGCUCAGUGUUUGCACAAUACUACGCUCCUUUAUAACACACGCUCACAGGGUCAAGAUUGUUCUUGGCCUGUCUUUUCUUCAAAGAACAUCAGGAAGAUUAAGUCAGGGAUACAAAUCUUCAUUCUGAACGGAGGUGUAAGUUACAUCUGCAGGAAGUCCAUUCCUGUUUGGAAAUGUUAUGGCGUAGCUCAAAAGAACAGAAGUCUCAAUGAGCCUUAAAACUCCUUGCUUAUUGAAAACCCAGUAAUCUCUUAUCUGUGACCCAACGGCAAUAGUACAUUUUCUGUGACAUAAGAGCAAGGUUCAAAACAUACGUCAAAUAACGAAACUCUCAGUUUCAAUUGAUUGUUAGUUUUUUUUGCAUCCAUGCUAUACAUGUCAGUUUUCCUUCAUUCGUUAUCAAAAAUAUUUCCUCUAAGAUGACUUGCAUAUGGAAAUAUUUGGAGCCACCAAUUAGAUGGGUGAGUCUCUGGCUAACAGCAUUCAUUCCCCACCUGCAGUACUGUAAAUAUAAUCUGAUAAAUGUGACCUGAAAACACAGUGUACUCUUCGAAAAAACGGUUCUUCAAAGAGUUCUCCUAUGCGGACAGCUGAAAACCCCUUUUAAGGUUCUAGAUAGCACCUUUUGUUCUAAGAGUGUAGUAAUCACUACCCUACACUACCUCACUACCCUACUCUGUACUUACAAUAGCUGGGGAUUGUGUAGAGUAAGAAUAUCAGCUCUGAAUAGGUCAUUGAAAUGGUAUUGGUAUUCAAACAGAUAUAUUCAUUAUGAAAAUGCAGGUCCUUCUAAACCUGCAUUGCUUGCUGUUUGGGGUUUUAGGCUGGGUUUCUGUACAGCACCUGGUGACAUUAGCUGAUGUAAGAAGGGCUUUAUAAAUACAUUUGAUUGAUUGAUUGAAUAUAAUCACAGAUAGUACAUUGGAUAAGUAAGGAAAUGGCAAACAGGAACGCUCUCAGCUUUAACUCAAACAGACCAACAAUAGAGAUGCUUACUGUGCUAUUCAGCUGGAGUAAACAGUUGCAGAUGAAGUUGUGAGAAGAACUGUAAAUAAGUUGUAAAAAAAUCCUCAUGUAGAGGUCUUUAAUAUGUAUAAUGAUAUAUUUAGAAUGUGUUUGGGGACUGGAAAUAUUUACUUUACUUUUUUUUGGUGAAAAAGUCAUAACCAAACUGUGACAAUUAGUGCUGUUUUAAUAUGAAUUUAUAUUCUGUAUUUCAUCAUUCUAUUUGUUUUAUGUAAACAUGUUUAUUUAAUCUGGUUAAUAUAAUAUUGAAACAAAUAUGAGCCUUCACUUUGAAAUUACAUUGUUGCGUAGGCUACAAUGUCAGUGGCACUUCAAUCUCAUUCACCAGACACUUCUUCCCAAUGCUCAUACGCUAUUAGCCUGGGAGCGAGAUGAGUGGCACUUUCCUGACCAGUUGCAUUUUUAAAGAUAACGUUUUAAUUGUUUUCCUUAAAUGGAAUAUGUAUUUUUCUUAAUAAGAAAGUUGUCUCUUUCCUUGUUGAAACACAUCUCACUCCUGUUUUCUCAACACCUGCUAUAUCAUUAUUGUGUGAUCAACUACAUUCCAUUUUCGGUAUAUGUUGUGUAUAUUUGUAUGUACAUUACACCUCUCUUUCAUUAUAUUAUUAGUUUGAGAUAAUAAAAUAAGAAUUGAUCCAAA